AUGGGAAAUCUUAAUUCAUUUCGUAGUACAACAAUGAAAGAAAAAACUGAUCAAUAUACUAAUUAUUCAAAUCAACAAGUUCAAAGAAUGACUUCUCUCGAUUAUCUUAAAAUAACUGCUAUUAUUAUAUUACUGAUUGGUAGUGUAAUACUACAGCAAUACCAACCAUCAUCAGCAACAACAACAACAACAACAGAAGUAAUUUUAUCUCACAAUAAAAAUACUGGAAAUUUAACUGGUAAUCUAAAAAAUACUGGAAAUCAAGACGCGAAUGAUAAUCCAAAUGGAUUUCAUCCAUUUUAUCAAGUUCAUGGACGUAUUCAAUUUAAAAAUCCUCCUAAAUUUAAUCCAUGUCAUGAAAUUGAUCCAAGUAAAACUUUAUUAUUAGCAAUAUUAUCACGUGCGAGUAAUGCUCAUAUACGUGAAGCUAUUCGACAAACUUGGGGUGCUCAUAAAACUUAUAAUAAUAUUGAUAUACGUACUACAUUUAUAGUUGCUGUAGAUGAUACAAUGAUACAACAAAUUGAAUUAGAACAAGCUAUUUAUCAUGAUGUCAUACAAGUUAAUUUACCAGAAAAUUAUGCUGUUGUAUCUUAUAAAGAAUUAGCUGCAUUAUGUUGGAGUCGAUAUUUUUGUUCGGAUAUAAAAUAUAUAUUUAAAGCUGAUGAAGAUAUUCAUUUAAAUACACCAUUAUUAACUAGUCUUGUUAAUGGAUUUAUGAAAAAUGAAUCUUUAGCAGAUAUUCCAAUGAUAUUUGGUUGGUUUAGAUAUAAAUCACGUGUUGAUCGUACUGGACGUUAUCUUGUUACAGAAGAAGAAUAUCCUGGAUUUUAUUAUCCACCAUUUACAUUUGGAAUUGGAUAUUUAUUAACAAAAACAGGACGAGAUAAUUUAUGUGUUAGUGCACUACGUCCACAUCCAGUUACACGUGUUGGUGAUGCUUAUAUUACGGGUAUACUUCGUGAUCAUGCUAUGGUUCGUUAUGCACGUUUUGGUGAUGUACAUUUUAUUUAUUCAUACACACUGAAUGGUCCACGUUGUCAAGAAUAUUUUAUACAUGAUCCUAAAUUACUUAUAUGUAUGUCAAGUCUACAUUCAGGUACGAGUGAUACCGCUGAUGAAUAUGUUAAUGUAUGGAAUGCUAUACAUGAAGAUAAUAAUGAUGGCUUAGAUGAUCAAGAGUAA